AUGAACUCCUACUUAGGAGUUUUCUGUUUAUUCUCGACAUACUUGGACACUCUUUUCUGCAAUCUCUCCCUUCUGCACGCCUUUUGUUCUGGCCUUGAUUCCUACCUCCGACUCUUAAGAAAAAGAAACGGGUUUGAAAAUGCAAACCGAAAAUCUGGUCGUCAGGCAACGCUUUGGCUCAAAAUCAGCUUCCCUUGGUUCCUCUCUGGCAUUUUAGCCAUUGCUCAACUGGCCGUUAGUGACCGAGGUCUCGCUCACCUAUCUGAAGACUGUCAGAGACAAUUUCUUCCAGCUUUUACAAAUCAGUUAGAAGCAGCCUGUGUAGUCGUUGAACCAAAUUUCCUGAUUCUCCGAACUUCAAUCGCUUACGCCCUUCCGUUAAUCGGGUGUCUCAUCCUAACUGGCCUUCAAGUUCGUUGCCUCCGAAGACUACGAUUCGUACCCCCAGAUUAUGCCCUUGAGCUACGAAGUAAUUGUUCAAUUCGACGAGAUGUUACUCUUGAAACCCUAGCUCCGAGUUCUGAAAUGGGCAAGUCCAGUUCUCCAGACACUCUCGAAAAGGUCCGUGAUUGUCCACGACAUGGAAGAGUCGCCUAUGAUUCGGAACCCACUGACCAUGAAGAGAUUAAACAUCCUACUUCAACUGCUACAACGGCUAUUCUAAUGAAUCAGUGGUUCCAAACCUACAAGGAGGAACAGUUAGCAGUUGCAAUUAACAUGGUCUCUUGCAUUGUCGCUGUGGGAGUCUGGUCGCCUCUGAUCUUGUCCAGUCUUGCUUAUGGCCUGUGUCAUACACCAGAAAAUGCGAAGACAUUCAAACUGCCACUCUAUCAUAUCCCCGGUGUUGAUUUAUCGAAGUAUCGUCCAGCUAAGUGUUUCAUUCAAGUUGCAACUUCGAGACUAGCAGACUUUCGUUGGUGGGUCUUUGCUAGCACCGGUCUCCUUCUGCCUCUGGCCCUAAUUUUAAUGGAUAGGGAUCUCAGACAAGCCUGUUGGCGUUCUCUGGGCUUGAAAACUCCCUCCACUCUGAGAGGAAAUAGGAAAGUAUCUCGGAGGUGUCACGUGGUUACACAUAAAAAUGACACAAUUCCAUCUACUUCUCGUUCUGUGUUUUAG